CUCAUCCCCCCGGGGGGGAAUGGCUCUAGGAACAUAUACAUUCUCUGCUAAUCUAACAACAUCAAGUUAUAGCAAUAGCCUGGGUGAAACCAGGGCUCUGGCCCACCGAAAGCAAAUAUCAUCAGUGAUGAUCCAUCAGGUGCGCGUCCUUACGUGUUCCCUGAGCAGCCCUCGACUCGAUGAACCGAACCACACUGUGGUGGACCUUGUUUACUGGAGCGCCCAACGCUGUACACCCUCCACAUCCAAAGAAACUAAAGCCACUGCUAUCAUCGCUUGAAUUAAUUACACCUCUGCCCUCCAAUCGACCCCUUUGGGGCACGUAUUCCGAAUACUGUGCUCCUAGAACCCCUAUUCUUGUUUAUCUUGUUGCCGGAAUGGCUUCAACAACGAGCUCCUCGACCGGAGCAACUAGUACCGAUCACAAUUCGAGUAAUGGAGGCUCGAGCUCUACGAGCUCUCCAUUCUUGUUUUUUGUAGCUCUUGGUUUCGGUGUCGUUUUUACAAAUCUAUGGAUCAUUGUCGGCGUCAAGUAUUGUUUUAGAUACAAUCAACGGAAUCGCCAGUUGCGCAAUGAAGAGACUGGGGCGCCCAUAGAUUUAAUAGCGAUACCUCGAACUCAUCGAAGAAGGAGGGAAAAAAAAUUAAUGACCAUGGAUGAAGUAAAUGAAAGAUUUCCACUGAUAAAGUACAAGGUUUGGAGAUCUUCAAGGGCGAACGCCGGCCUUUCAACCACAGGAGGAAUAUCUGCCCCAGAUACUAGCGAAGAAUUAACAACAAAAGCGGAAGAUGCCGAUUUAUCUGUCCGUAAUGGGGACGCAUCGUCGUUGGCAACAUCGCCACUCAAGACUCACCAGCGGCUUAAUUCGAAUCCAUCAGAGUCAUCGAUGCCUCUCCAGCACACCGAACCCCGAUUCACGCAACCGGAAGAAAAAGCCCUGAAUGAUUUAACAGAUCCUGGUCAAAUGUCCCUCGACAUAACUUCGGGCGCAAAUAAACAAGAAAUAGGACCGCAUGACGAGAAUAUCUUAGACCAGGACGAUGAUAAUGAUCACUACAUUCCCACCGCAGUACCCCCCGAUUUUGCCGCGAGCCCCGGAGACUCAUGCGCAAUUUGUUUGGACUUGAUUGAGGAUGACGAUGACAUACGCGGUCUUGCGUGUGGACACGCAUUUCACGCUUCAUGCGUUGAUCCGUGGUUAACAAGUCGCAGGGCAUCAUGCCCCUUAUGCAAGGCUGAUUACUACAUUCCCAAACCCCGUUCUGAUGCCGCUGAACCAACGACGGGAUCUGAACGCAACGGCCGCAAUGCCACUCAUCGAACUACCGUUCCAAGACAGCCGCAGGCGGUAUUCAUCCGGGGACGGGUCAAUCCAUUUCGCCAGCCAAUGGCAUUAUCCGAGCCUCACUCACAAGCCGGUCCUAACAAUACACCGAUUUCAUCCCAGCCGGUAACCCGACUUUUUUGGAGACUGCGGGAUGUUCGCUCGCAGUCCACUGAUCACUCCCUGCACAAUAAUACAGAAGUAGAACAGUCCGUACCCCAUAGCCGGGGAUCAAGGAUAUCGUCUCGACUAUUUAGCAUACGCCACCCUUUCAGCAAUGGGAAUCGGGAUUUACCAAGGAAUACAGGCGCUUCACCUUCCGGUACUGCCCAAUCUCCUAGCCAGCUUGAGGCUGGCCAUACCUUGUGAACUUUACUGGGCCUGAUGUUUUCCUGGCUUCACCUUUAUCCCUUUACUCGCAAUAUUGUCAGCAUCUGGAAUGCCCAUUGCGGGAUCUUAUUAUAGAUAGAUACCAACCCAUAACCGUCAAGACACACUGUUGUUUUGUAUACAAUUUCAAGCAAAGUCAAUAUCCGAACAUUGGCUUUGGGUUCGCUCACAUCUGUGGAUGCAAUAAUGCCCACUCUUUUUGUCCGAUUUUUAUAUUGGCAUUUUUUGUACCGUCUCAUUUUAAAGGCGUUGUCGGUAGAUACUCUAUUUGUUUUAUUGUGUUUUGCGCCUAGGAGGUCUUCGCAGGUUGGGAAUAUAUAUAUAUAUCCCGAAUUUAGCUGGUUC